GACGGACUGUCGCCUUAGUUCGUUUGUCCCAACUGUGGUGGGAUGUGUUGGUUUCAGAUUGGGUUACUCGACAGUACUGGACAUGCGCGUUGGCCGACCACGUCUCGUUCGCUCGACGAGGGAUGGCGCAGUGCUUGAGGGGGCAGUAGCUGAGCGUGGUUAUUGACGGUCAGACAGUGCUUUCUGAUAAGGCUUUCAUCUUCCAUCCCAAACUUCUUGGUUUCAUGGUGUGUGCUUCACUUGACGCAACCACCUCGGUUCGCGGCUGUCUUGUUCGAACCAUCUAAUGCUAGCUUGUGGGGUGAAAUUCAUAAUCAUGACGCGGGUCAGUGAAGGAUGUCUCGUCAAUAUCUGAUAGCUUGUGUGCCUUGCUGAAUAGGUGCGCAGACGUCUUCUCCGGAUGUUCGUGCCUAUUUUCCCUAAGGGUUGCGUGGCAGCAGUACAUCAUUUCGGAUCACUGAUGCAAUGGAUGUGGUGUCAAGUAUCUGCCAGUUCUGUCCCCAUCUCUGAAUGCAUACCUUUGGUUCGACACUUGCUCUAUGUUAGUGGUGAACGCACGGUCUCCCGUCCUUGUUCUCUGUGACUUCGGAUCUAACCGCUCUCUGUUCCCAGCACCUUAUGGAUCCUACGCGGGAGUGCAACGGGACCUCGUUAUCUCCCUCUCUGGCAUCGGCGUUUGCCUGGCCCUGGUUCUCCUGUUACUUCUGGUCGCUUGGUGGCUCAAGUCUCGUCGCCGUCGCGCUCAACGGCUACUCGGGUGGCAGGAGAAACAGCGGUGGUUGAUCCGGCAUGCACAGAAAGCGAACGACCCUGCAACCCCGUACACUCCUUCCCGUUGUUCUUCUUUGGUUGAUUUUUACGGACCAGCGGGUCCGGUGGUCGGUCAACUGACGCCUCACCAGCUGCACUUGUCCAAGGAGACUUUAGAAUUCGAGCCCUCCAAAGAGAACUGUCAAAGGAUUCAGCGCCCGUCCGAGCCGUCGAUUAAUCGAUCGAGGACUUCCCUUUUUAACCUACCAAUGGGUCGCUCCUCCUCUCGACUGGAAAUGGAAUAUUUUGAUCCUAUCCCCAUUUAUCCGGGUCGGUCCGAUAUACGCGGGAGCCCAUCGUUGGGAGUAGAGUUGAAUUUAAACCAGUCAAACGGUCGAGUUUGUAAGCGGCUCCAGCCGAUCGCGGUACGCUACAUCAGGCCGGUCGCAGACACGGAACCAGUGAAUAGCCAACGCAACGAACCACGACGGCUCCCAAAAGGACGACUAACUUCUCCGGAUAUGGUCCCAUCUCCUCUGAACAACAGCUCUCAAAGCCAUACAUAUCAAGAUCAGCCGUCAAUCAUGGAAGGUUUGAUGCGAUACAACAGCUAUGCGGACGAGCUUGAUCAAUCGAAAAGAUCCACCAGCUCAGAAACAGUACACAAUGUGGCUCAUCUAGGUGCUCAACGCCGAAGGAGGGUGGAAUCAGUAGAAAUGGAUACUUUUUCAGCAGACGCGAAUCGGUCACACCCUGUGGGUAAACCGCGUUCUCACGAUCACCGCGAACGGAGAAACUACACCCAUAGACAUUCUCGUCGACGAAGAUCAUCACACCGAUGUGGCACAGAGCAAUGGGAUGAAGUGUGA